CUAAAUUCUACGUGCUCAAAAAGAAACAAAACUUCAAUCUUAAAUCUCCUUUCUGGCACACCCUUCAUUGACAAUCAUAACCUCUUGUCUCAUCAAUCUCUCUCGUCGCCAACAUUGAUUAAUCGAUUUUUAUUUGUGUUGCUAAAGAAAGAAAGAAAAAAUGGAGGAUCAGAUAAGACAACUUAAAGACAUUUUCGACCGGUUCGACAUGGACGCAGACGGAAGCUUAACAAUCUUAGAACUCGCGGCACUUCUCCGGUCACUCGGUCUCAAACCUUCCGGCGAUCAAAUCCAUGUUUUGUUAGCUAGCAUGGACUCAAACGGCAACGGUUUUGUCGAAUUCGAUGAGCUCGUUGGUACAAUUCUUCCUGAUCUUAACGAAGAGGUCCUAAUCAAUUCCGAGCAAUUACUCGAGAUUUUCAAAUCGUUCGAUAGAGACGGUAACGGGUUCAUAAGUGCGGCUGAGCUUGCAGGAGCAAUGGCCAAGAUGGGUCAACCAUUAACGUAUAAAGAAUUAACGGAGAUGAUCAAAGAAGCUGAUACAAAUGGUGAUGGUGUUAUAAGCUUUGGAGAGUUUGCUUCAAUUAUGGCAAAAUCUGCUGUUGAUUACUUUGGAUUAAAAAUUAAUUCGUGA